CGGCGAAGGCAAGCACACAGAAGGGAAGUGUGAAGAAGAAGAAGAAGGGGUUGAAUCUUUCUCUCCCUCUCUCUCUGCACAUUGAUUUCUUCCAUUUCUGGAGGAGAAAGUAAGGCUGAAGAGAAAGGCGCAGUCGACGCCGAACAAAAGCGCCGAACCCUAAAAUUCUUGCGCUCAGGGGCGCAUCAUGGCGCUUCUGUCCCAGGUGGAUCCAUCUUGCUAUAUCAUUUCCAAGAAUUUAAGAUGUAAAACAAGUUAUGAUACUGUUUUCAGCAAAGGAAACAUUAUGGAGUCCUCCAAAAUAAAGGGAGCUUUCAUAAGUUUUCCGUCCUUUCCAUCCAAUUCUAGAAAAUCAAUACAAAGGUUUCAUUUAUACGGUGCGGGUUACAAAGGGAGAUACAAUACCAUUGUUGCAGCAAGUCCUCCUACAGAUGAUGCUGUUGUUGUUACAGAGCCACUGACAAAAGAAGAUCUCGUGGCAUACCUUGCUUCUGGGUGCAAGUCUAAGGAGAAAUGGAGAAUAGGUACAGAACAUGAAAAGUUUGGCUUUGAGAUAGAAACUUUAAGGCCUAUGAAGUAUGAACAGAUAGCAGAGCUACUUAAUGGUAUUGCUGAAAGAUUUGAAUGGGAAAAAGUAAUGGAGGGUGACCAUAUUAUUGGACUCAAACAGGGAAAGCAAAGCAUAUCACUAGAACCUGGAGGGCAGUUUGAGCUCAGUGGUGCCCCUUUAGAGACAUUACAUCAAACCUGUGCUGAGGUUAAUUCACACCUGUACCAGGUCAAAGCUGUUGCAGAGGAAAUGGGAAUUGGAUUCUUAGGAAUUGGUUUCCAGCCCAAAUGGGGCCUAAAGGACAUACCUAUAAUGCCCAAGGGAAGAUAUGAGAUUAUGAGGAAUUACAUGCCCAAAGUUGGUUCCCUUGGACUUGAUAUGAUGUUUCGGACGUGCACUGUUCAGGUCAAUUUGGACUUCAGUUCUGAAGCUGACAUGAUCAGAAAAUUUCGUGCUGGUCUUGCUUUGCAACCUAUUGCAACGGCGCUCUUUUCUAAUUCACCUUUCACUGAAGGAAAGCCGAAUGGUUAUCUUAGUAUGAGAAGCCACAUUUGGACAGAUACAGAUAACAACCGAGCUGGCAUGCUCCCCUUUGUUUUUGAUGACUCCUUCAGUUUUGAGCAGUAUGUAGAUUAUGCACUUGAUGUGCCAAUGUAUUUUGUCUAUCGGAAAAAGCAGUACAUUGAUUGUUCUGGGAUGUCCUUCAGGGACUUUCUGGCAGGAAAGCUUCCACCACUUCCGGGUGAAUUGCCAACCCUCAAUGAUUGGGAAAAUCAUUUGACAACAAUAUUCCCUGAGGUCAGGUUAAAGAGAUACUUGGAGAUGAGAGGUGCUGAUGGGGGGCCUUGGAGGAGGUUAUGUGCAUUGCCUGCAUUUUGGGUGGGUAUAUUGUAUGACGAGGUCUCUCUGCAAAAUGUGAUAGACAUGACAUCUGAUUGGACCCCUGAAGAAAGACAGAUGCUGAGAAAUAAGGUGCCAAGGAGUGGUCUUAAGACGCCAUUUCGAGAUGGAUUUCUGAGGCAUGUAGCAGAAGAUGUAAUAAAAUUCGCAAAGGAUGGCUUGGAAAGGAGAGGCUUCAAGGAAAUGGGAUUUUUGAAUGAAGUGGCCGAAGUGGUUAGAACAGGCGUAACACCUGCAGAGAAGCUUUUGGAGAUGUACCAUGGGAAGUGGGGACAAUCCGUAGACCCUGUUUUUCAGGAGCUUCUAUAUUGAGGUGAUUUGCAUAUCUUGGUGCAAGUCACCAAUAUAGUCUUCUGUUUUGUAAUCUCCUCCUUAUGUUGGCUGUAAUUUAAGUUGGUUUCAUCCUCAACUGAAUAGAUUCAAGGCCCAUGACUACCAUUUUAGUGGGAUAAAACUAUGAUCUGUCUGCUUGGAUGAAGCUUUUCAUGCAACUCUAUGUAAUGUACAAUGUAUGAGGUGAAUUAGUAACUAUCAAAAUCUUGCAAGUUAACCCAAAGUUAA